CACGGUUCAAGUGGUAUGAAACUGAAAACCUUAAACAGUUGCGGUAUAUUUACGGCUAUUUCCAAGUAAAAAACUAACGUACUGAAUCUCUACCGGCCGCCCGUACCGCCACCCCAGCCAUGAAAGGAUGCUUGACGCUGCUCUGUAUUCUGUACCAUGUAGGACUCUUACAAAGUGACCCCGUUCUUUCCGUUGAGAAAACUCGAGUUUGGGGUCCUGGUAUUGAGCGUGCGGACAAGCUUUCGAUUAACGCUAGAUACUUUUUCAUCGAGCCAAGAGAUUCCAGUGGCAGUAUAAUACUAGAACCAUUGAAAUAUCGCAUAUUGGUCAAAGGUCAGUCGAGAAUCGGCGAAUGCAGGGUUCGGAUAGAACAGAUUGACCGAUACGAUGGUUCGACCGUAAUUCGUUUCAAGCUUAUGGAAACGUGCUGGAAUGUAGAGAUCGCGGUCCUACAUGGCGAUCACCACUUGGGAGCAUCUCCAUAUAAGUUUACCGAUAAAUUAUAUAUUGAGAAUUGUUAUUGCCCACAAACAGCCCUCGAGGAAUGGCUUCAGCAGCUCCAAUGCCCCACCAGCGAUCCGCAAAUCAAUCGCGAUUUGAUUCCAUUUCGAGCGAUGAAUUUUUCUAGCUUGCGGCCUAAGAUCAUUGAGCAAUAUGAUAAACCGGGAAGCAUCUCAUUGUGCAACUAUGUGGUGAAGGAAAAUCAAAUUUAUAGGACAUGCUACGGCCGGUACACGGGUUUCAAGAUCUACAUGGAUGCUAUACUGCUUUCGCUGGCACGCAAAGCUUACUUACCAGAUAUGGAAUUGUUCGUCAAUUUAGGGGAUUGGCCACUGGUUACCAAAGGUGGCCACCGACGAACAAGCGGACCUCUUCCAGUUUUCUCUUGGUGCGGCAGUGAUGAUACUUUUGACAUUGUAAUGCCAACCUAUGACAUCGUCGAAUCAUCCCUAGAAGCAAUGAGUCGAGUUUCAUUGGAUAUGCUAUCGGUACAACGACGGGGAGUACCGUGGGAAAAUAAAACUGCCAAAGGAUUUUGGCGCGGACGUGACUCUUCCCGAGAAAGACUUGAUUUGGUCGGUUUGUCGAAAAAGUAUCCCGAAUUGGUGAACGCUUCGCUGACCAACUUUUUCUUCUUUCGCGACGAGGAGGAAAUCUAUGGACCAAAGGUGGCCCAUAUAUCGUUCCUUGAGUUCUUCGAGCAUCGAUAUCAAAUCAACAUGGAUGGAACGGUGGCCGCGUAUAGGAUGCCGUACCUGCUGGGCGGGACAUCGGUUGUGUUCAAACAAGACUCCAAGUAUUACGAACAUUUCUACAGUAAACUUCGACAAGGAGUUGAAUAUGUUCCAUUCAAACGGGAUCUUACCGAUUUACUCGCCAAAAUUAAAGCUGCAAUGGAGGACGAUGAUGAAAUGCUGGCAAUCCGUGAUAGUGCUAAGACAUUUGUGGAGCAACACUUACUGCCGGAACAAAUUUUGUGUUAUUCUGCUUUGUUAUUUACGGAAUAUGCAAAAAACAUUGUCAGCAGUAUUGGAGUUUUACCUGGAAUGCAAUUAGCAGAACAACCCGCUCUAUCAUCUAAUUGUGAAUGUACUUCAUCGAGAUAUAGCGUUAAAGAGCGCGAUGAGCUCUAAUUUUCUUUAGCAAAAUACUCAUGAUACAUAUCUGAAACAGAACACUUUAUUACGUUAAAGUGUGGGUUUCUUAAAACU